GUAUAAAUAUCACAGCCCUUUGUUUGCGAAAACAGACUCGUUUCCUGAAGACAGAGGCAGAAACUAGAAUAUUCAAGAACACCGUUGGAUCAUUUUUCUUGUGAAGAUGCAGAUCUUUGUGAAGACCCUUACCGGCAAGACCAUCACCCUAGAGGUCGAGCCCAGUGACACCAUCGAGAACGUCAAGGCCAAGAUCCAGGACAAGGAGGGCAUCCCCCCAGACCAGCAGCGUCUGAUCUUCGCUGGCAAGCAGCUGGAAGAUGGCCGCACCCUCUCCGACUACAACAUCCAGAAGGAGUCCACCCUCCAUCUUGUGCUCCGUCUGAGGGGAGGUAUGCAGAUCUUCGUGAAGACCCUGACUGGUAAGACCAUCACCCUGGAGGUCGAGCCCAGUGACACCAUCGAGAACGUCAAGGCCAAGAUCCAGGACAAGGAGGGCAUCCCCCCAGACCAGCAGCGUCUGAUCUUCGCUGGAAAGCAGCUGGAAGAUGGCCGCACCCUCUCCGACUACAACAUCCAGAAGGAGUCCACCCUCCAUCUUGUGCUCCGUCUGAGGGGAGGUAUGCAGAUCUUCGUGAAGACCCUGACUGGUAAGACCAUCACCCUGGAGGUCGAGCCCAGUGACACUAUCGAGAACGUCAAGGCCAAGAUCCAGGACAAGGAGGGCAUCCCCCCAGACCAGCAGCGUCUGAUCUUCGCUGGCAAGCAGCUGGAAGAUGGCCGCACCCUCUCCGACUACAACAUCCAGAAGGAGUCCACCCUCCAUCUUGUGCUCCGUCUGAGGGGAGGUAUGCAGAUCUUCGUGAAGACCCUGACUGGUAAGACCAUCACCCUGGAGGUCGAGCCCAGUGACACCAUCGAGAACGUCAAGGCCAAGAUCCAGGACAAGGAGGAUCCCCCAGACCAGCAGCGUCUGAUCUUCGCUGGCAAGCAGCUGGAAGAUGGCCGCACCCUCUCCGACUACAACAUCCAGAAGGAGUCCACCCUCCAUCUUGUGCUCCGUCUGAGGGGAGGUAUGCAGAUCUUCGUGAAGACCCUGACUGGUAAGACCAUCACCCUGGAGGUCGAGCCCAGUGACACCAUCGAGAACGUCAAGGCCAAGAUCCAGGACAAGGAGGGCAUCCCCCCAGACCAGCAGCGUCUGAUCUUCGCUGGCAAGCAGCUGGAAGAUGGCCGCACCCUCUCCGACUACAACAUCCAGAAGGAGUCCACCCUCCAUCUUGUGCUCCGUCUGAGGGGAGGUAUGCAGAUCUUCGUGAAGACCCUGACUGGUAAGACCAUCACCCUGGAGGUCGAGCCCAGUGACACCAUCGAGAACGUCAAGGCCAAGAUCCAGGACAAGGAGGGCAUCCCCCAGAAGCAGCGUCUGAUCUUCGCUGGCAAGCAGCUGGAAGAUGGCCGCACCCUCUCCGACUACAACAUCCAGAAGGAGUCCACCCUCCAUCUUGUGCUCCGUCUGAGGGGAGGUAUGCAGAUCUUCGUGAAGACCCUGACUGGUAAGACCAUCACCCUGGAGGUCGAGCCCAGUGACACCAUCGAGAACGUCAAGGCCAAGAUCCAGGACAAGGAGGGCAUUCCCCCAGACCAGCAGCGUCUGAUCUUCGCCGGCAAGCAGCUGGAAGAUGGCCGCACCCUCUCCGACUACAACAUCCAGAAGGAGUCCACCCUUCACCUGGUCCUUCGUCUCCGUGGUGGCAACUAAGCAGCUACUCCUCUGCUCUUAACGAUGUCUCAUCUUAACCUCAAUUCCCCGCCAUUCCUAAUUCCCCACCUUACCUCCAGCCCCACCCCUUGACCGCCUCUCCCACUGACUUCCCUCCCCUAACCCCUCAUCCCCAGCUCUUCAUUCCUGUUAAUUUCAAUAAAGUUUAAGCAUUCCUGA